GUCUUCUUGCGGAUGUUCUAACAGUAUUAAGUUUCUUAAAAUAGUAAUAUCAUGCACACUACUCUGGUAAAAUUUCUAGACAUAUACUAUUCGAUGAUGUAAGUCACAAGCUAUUUGAUUUUAAACUGCAUACUUGAUCGGACUUUGGGAAACGUAAAGAAAGUUAUCAGUGGAUUUGGAUUUUUCUUGCUAGUAUUCGCUCGUGAACUUGUGAUGUCUCCCUCAUUGCUUGUGAUGGCUGAAAAACUCGAAUUACUAUGGAGCGAUCAUGUUUUUUUUUAUAGAAGCAGUCCUGAAAAACUAGAAGUUUGUGCUAAAACACAGAAUUAUGAACGCACGUCGAUGCUGUCAGUGUCUACUGUUUUGCCAUGAUUAUUAAGGUGAAUCAAUCUAAUGAGAAAUUUGGGCUAUUGAGCACAACAUUAUGCUCUAAUGAAUCGUGUUAAAAAUGAUGUUGGCUUUUCGAAAUAGUAUGCUCACCAUUUAUUGUGUCAUACACACGCAUGAAAAAUUUUUCUCCAAAAACUGAAAAUUUGAGAAAGGUAGCUUUUAAAUCCCUGUUCUGGUGAACAACGAAGCAUUUGUGGCAAAUGUUUGUUCCAGGAGUUGUACUAUUUAUACAAACAUUUGUACCAGAUAGAAUCUGAUGAAAUCUAUUGUUAUUAUGAUACUUCGAUUCUCUAUAUAAGAAUAGAUAAAUUUUCUAAAAAGACGAACUUCUAUAAGGAGACCUAGUUUUCUGGGACAAUCGAUAUUGCAUCAUUCCAACACGAAUUCUUCACGAUUGAAAACUUUAAAAUAUUCGGCAUCUUAUUUAAAAAUAGUUUUUUGUUGCUUGUAUUGAUUGUUGUAUUAGUGAUAUUAAAAUUCAUCAAAAUUAAAAAGAAUAAACAAGAUAUCGGAAAGCAUUAAUAAAAUUUGUGUAUGUAUUUUGCUUGGGUAUUGAUAGUAUGUACUAGACUUGAUAGGAAAUAUUAUAUGAGUCGUCUUAUAGUAAAUUUCACAUUUUCGUGUUAUUUUUAAUCUUUAACUUUAUUCAUAAUAGAAACUAAGAUCAUUGUAUAUACACUAGCUGAUCUAUGAAUUGUAUAUAUUUACGUUAGAAAACGUCUCUCACCAAAGUAUUACUAUGAAUAACUUUCUUAUUUGCAACUUUCCUUACGUAGAGUUGUCAUAUAAAACAAAAUGAACAAGAAUGUACGCAUGGAUUCUCUUUAUAAGUCAACCAAACGAAAAUGAUAAAAAAAUUUAUGUUCAUGGCUAUAGAAGAUAACCAUGCUGUAGCAAUAAGAAAAACCGUCAUCACUUUUUUAAUCGUCUUAUUCUUGAAUUAUAUUGUAGCUUCUAAACGACUAGACAGUGCAAUAAACAUGAUAAUUUUCCCUCCGACAAUCUUAGUGUAUAUUGAGUGACUUAUGAAACUUUUUUCUAACAUAAAAAAAUCUAAUACGUUGUCUGAUUGUAGUAUUAUUGCUUUCACAUUUAGAAAUCCUUUACAUCAUUCAAGAUCUUACAUUUUUCUAGUUUUACUGUAUGAUAGAUAGUCCUACUUUAUAUUAAUAAUAAAAUCAAAUUUCAUUGAAAUAUAUGUGAAAAGAAUCAAGACAAUGUUAUUAUUUUUUUUCAACAGUCCUCUGAGGAUAUUUCUUUGAUAAUAAAAGAUACAUCGUCAUAAGUUUCAACUGAUUCCUCAAAAAUAACCCUAACCAAACAAAGAUCAACAUCUUUGAAAAGUUAUUUUUAUAAUUGCUGAAUGUUCUCUUACUAUAUUAAUGAACAAAUAAAAUGUGCAUUGCUCUGAGUUUCAUUACUUGAGGAUGUGGUUGUGGGUGUGGGUGUUGUCGAAAUAGAGAGGCGCACCCACACUCAUACUCCAUAUUUGAAGACCCACUACUGAGAGACCCCGUGUUUGAAGACCCACUACUAAAAGAUUUCCUAUCAGGAGCUGACGAGCAUUAUGGAAGGUCAUAGAGACUUGUUUUUGAAAUAGUUUGUUUUCAGUUUCUAUUGUAUUUUUACUUAUUUUCAAAAUUUAUGACAUAUUCAUAUAAAAUUUAGGCAUACAACGUUGUUUUCUAUUUUGUCUGUCGCUUUUUUAUUUUACUACUUAUUGAUAGUGCAAGCAGCAACAAGGUAAUACUGGACGGAGUUUUAGUCUUGGAGUUUUUUCCUUCGUUCCUUGCGCCAUCACCAUCUUGUCUUCCAUUGGUAUUUUUCAUUCUUUGCUUCUUUCAUUUCUAUUGUAUUCUCUAUUGAUGAUGUCUUUGUAUGUAGAGAUAAUAAAAAGGUUUUACAUAUAUCACAGAUAUCGUCUCUUCUUGUAUAUGAUUGGUUUAUAAUUGAAUAAAUAGUCUCUUUGAUUUAUUUUUUCUUCUAAUUUAUUUUCAUUGCCAAUCACUAAUGCUUUCAUUAUUUUAAAAAUACAUUUGUAGUUGCUCUCAUAAUGAUCAUAUACUAAUUCUAAUAUUCAAUUCUCCUCAUGGAUUUUAAUCGAUUCCAUGUCGUGCGAACCGAUCGAAACCGCCGGUUAAUUUCGGCUUUUUUUAAACCGACGCUUAACCGCGGUUAUUUCCUUUGUUCUCAUAACUUUCCAGCGUAAAAACCGACGGUUGACCCCAAUUAACCUCCAGGUUAAUGGGAAAGUGUAGCAGUUCAACCGGACUUUUGCCCGGUUAACUCCGGUCAACCGUCGGUUUUUACGUUGGAAAGUUAUGAGAACAAAGGAAAUAACCGCGGUUAACCGUCGGUUUCAAAAAUAACCGAAAUUAACCGACGGUUUUCGAUCGGUUCGCGUGACAUGGGAUCUGUCAUGUGGUUUUAUUCUCUUGGCCAAUACAACCUUCUGGUUUCCAUUAUAGAUUUUUUUCACCAUCAUAUUUUAUAUAGUAUAAAUAAAAUUUUUAUCUUCUUUCCAAUGAUGAGUUGAGUUAUGACCGUAUUCUGUUGGGUAAGCGAACCGCGGCGAGUGAGAGUGCCUACUUUUAGUGUGGCAAUAGAUUUCAAAAAGUACUAGCAUUAUGUAAAAAACAUGAAAUUUCAAGCCUUUUGUUGUAGAUAUUGUGUGUCAUGCUAAGCGUUUGCUACUGUGGCCGUAAUUUGUUUUUCUGUUUAUGUUUUUAGUCCUCUUAAAAUUUGACAUGAACAAAAGGACACUACAAAUUGAUGAUAGAAAAUUGGUUAUCAAUCUAACUAAAAUAUUGUUUUCCUUUUGUUGUUUGGUGCUAUGGAUUCUGUUAUAUUUCAUCAUAAUUAAGGACGGGGCGCAUAAGAACAGGAAUCGGCCCACGAACGGAUUCACAAAAGAAGUUUAUUUUCUGAUGCAGAAUUUUACACUGAAUCUUUUGAUGUCAAAUUCAAUAUAUUUUCGAAACCCUUUCAUGCCUUCCUACCCAUGCCAAUUAUACCCUACUUUUUAUCAGUCCAGAGAGGUUAUCUUUACCACAACAUAAUCUGAUAUAGCUUCAAAUAAGCUCAUCUGAAAGAGCAUCAAAUUCUGCACAAAAUCAUAUAUGAACCAAAUAUAAAUAAUUACCCUCAGCAAAAAUUUCUAAGUAAAUACUAUAUUUCACCCACUUUUUACAGACGUCGCAGACUUUCACGCACAUCAAUCCCUUAGGAAUUGGUCCUACGAUGAACUUUCAUGUUCAGGUUCAGAUGCAGUUUUUGACGGGCUUCACGAUAGUAUGGUUUUUGUCCCAAAAUUUCAUUGGCCAAAAAAUUUCACAGGGGCAAUAGUGCCCAAAACAGUGAUUUUUUCCAGUGGAUCGUUCUUUUUGGACUGCAAAGUGCUUAAGAAAUGUCUUUACAAUGGACUUUCGUACUCAGGGUCAGAUGCAGUUUUUGACAGGCUUCCCGAUAGUAUGGUUUUUUCUCAAAAUUUUAUUGGCCAAAAAGUUCAAGAAGUGAUAUAGUACAUUAAGUCAUGAUGAUUUAUGGCGCUCGUUCAGAAAGUAUGCUAUAGUGAUAAUGUAAAUGGUGCUUGCCUGUAUGUUAUUAGCUGGGAUAAAGCUCUGCUGAUAGAUCGAUGUUGGGCAUCGUAGGAUAUCGUUUUUUUUGCGAAGUUGAGGAGUCUUGUAUAGUAGAAUUAUGUGCACGUUAACUGUGUUUUGCAGGGUGUGGGUGUUGAUGAGUGUCUUACCUCUAUUCACACCCACAACUACACUCACACCCACACCCACACCCAAUUCCGAUAUAACAGAGUAAUGGAAAUAAUUCAUUCUUAUUUCAAGGUGUUUCAAUUUACAGCGAUUAUAGAAAUUGUAGAUAUUGCAAUAUUUUAUUUCACGAUUUUUAACAAAAUAUAUCUUUAUUCAAUAGCGCCAGUAGAUAUCAGUUAAUCAUUUGUGUUCCUAUUAGUCAUCAACAAUCAUUGUCUACACCGUUCUUUGUUUCUUUGUCUCGUAACCAUUAUUAAUGGAACGGACAAUCGUUGCUUCAUUCAUUUAUUAAAUAGAUAGAUUGCAGUCAAUUGAUAAUGAUAAAGAUAUUGUCUGCAUAAUCCUUAUGCAAGGUAGGGUAGAGUAGGUUAAGGGUAAGCAUGUGGCAGGGUAGGAUAGGGUAAGAAGAUUUUUCUCAGUCAGCGUACAAAGAGCUCACCCUAUAUAUCUCUACUGUGAUACUAUUUGUGCCAUUGAUCACUUUUAGAGUCUUCCAAUUAGGGUAAUAUUAAGGAAAGGCGAGAUAAAAAAAGUUCGUAGGAUAAGGCAAGCAUAUCCAGUUAGACUGUCCAUCUUAUGCCGUGUAACCUGAGGUGCAUACGUGAGCUGAAAUAGGGCUGUCAUAAAUAGAGUCAAAAGGAUAAAACCAGGUUUUCAGAAAUCCCAACUCAUAUGAAAAGAGUGGGUAACCAGUUCUCGCUCACAUAAAAUAGAUGAACGAUCAAUAUCAAUUCAGUUAGUGAAUAUGGAACUGUCACAUAGCUAUGCUAAACCGUUUUUAUGUAUAAUAAAAACGAUUCAAACAUGUUUUAUUUUAUAAUUCUACAUGAUUUUUUUUAUUUAGAAGGGAAAUUGGAUUAACAAAAGAAACAAACAGUAAUCAUAUUGGUGAUAGAAUUAAGUGUGCAAUACGUGUCUCAGAUUCUUCAUCAUCUUUACAACAAAGUACAAACGACGACGACGACGGCAUGGUUUUUGAACCAGCUCGUAAUCUAGCACCUCAAGUAUCGAUUGAUGAUUGUCGUCGAUUGGAAUUAGCUAAUAUUUUACGUGACAAAGAAAGUCGAGAAGCUCUUAUCGGUCAAUGGAUGUUUUUAAUAGAAGAAAAAAAUGAAACUGAAUUAUUAAAUAUUGAAAAACUUUUAAUUUUAUUGGCUGGUAUUUGUGAUUAUUUGGAUCAAGCAAAUGCAAAUUCAUUAGAACAUGCAUUAGAUCAAAUUUGUAAUAGAACAACAAUGGAUAGUGAUUUACGUAUCGAUCUUGAACGUUCAUUUUAUCUUUUUGUAAAAGCUGCAAAUAAUGUUCUUUCAUCAAGAAAUUUUCAACCUCCACAUGUUUUAUUUGCACUUGAUAAUGUCAUUCGUCGUAUUGUCGAACAACUUGUUGGUCUUAUUCGACCAGGUUCAUUUUCUCUUUAUAUUUCAUAUUAA